AUGGCGGCGGCUGUUGCUGUUCUAACGCAAGAAAAAAAAUUGAAUGGCGAGGUAGGUUUACUCUACGUUUUCUUAAUACUUUGAACUAUCAAUCCAAAGAAUAUUACUUUUUCUUAUGUUUUUUUUUCGGAUUUCAGCUUUCGUUCAGCAAGAGUUCUAUAAACUGUUCAAUGAAAUUGUUUGCGACACUUGUGUGCACAUUGUCAGACGUUGUGCAUUGACUUAAGCUUAAUUUAAUAUGCGAGGGUUACAGAUGUCUUGUUCAGCUUCAGCUUUAUUUCUGUCCAGCUUUUUCUUUAGACUCGAAAUAAAACUUGUAUAUGGAGCUCCAGAUGAUCAAAAUACAUUUCAGUUGUAGUUCCACAUACAACGUUAACGUCUGAGAGAAAAUGGAAAUUCAAGAAAUAGACGUGGUUACGACGGCGACUUCGGCUGCACGGCGAUGUUUACCGUCGAGACAAUGUAGCUGACUUUUGUUUUACACUAACUAAACUUAACAGUAGAAAAGUGAAACAUUUAAGAAGUAGUGUAAUAGCAAGUAAAAGGUGGACACUAGCAGCUCAGUGAGUUCAAAGAGCAUUGAUUAUUUGGUUGCAGUUCACGUUUUACGGUCAUUUCGUUCCAUGGUCAGAUCGUUCCAAUCAGUAGUCAGAUUGUUCCAUAAAAUAGUCAGUUCGGUCCACAAAAUAGUCGGCUCGCUCCACAUAUGUUUUACCUAUUUUCUAAAUGUGUAAAUGUUAUCCGAAUACAGAGUAGCAAUUGGAACAUGGAUGAAAGUGUUUUUAGAACUAUUUACAUAAUGGUGAGAGCAUCCUAUGUUAAUUUCACCAUGCAUUGCCGAACGAUGUGAGAACUAUUCACACAAUGGUGGAACGAUCUGACUAUUGAUUGGAACGAUCUGACUUGGAACGAUCUGACCAUGGAACGAAAUGACCGGAUACCCAGUUCACUUUUCAAAAUUUUUCCCUGGCAUGGGAUAAAAGAAAAUAAAAUUGGUAGGCCUGAAUGUCCCCUUAAAAUUGGAAAGCCUUGUAAAUUACAGAAGUGGGGAAUUAGUUACUUGUUUUAUUUGUUUGUUUCGUUUUUUGUUUUUUGUUUUUUUUGUGAAUGCAAACUUUUCCAUUGCACUAGGUUUGCACUAAGUUAGUUUUUGUAGGUAAGCUGACUGCAUGAUUCUUUUCUCAGCUCAUAAAUUCAUCAUCGUUGUUUUCUUAGACCAUAGGUAGGAAUUAAGAUUAACUACUUGAUGGCUUGAUUGUCUCUCCUCUUCCUGAUUGAUAGUUGUGUGCUGAUCAUCAAUUAUAAUCGAUCAUUGAUCGAAAAUUGUUAAGCAAGGCGACAAUCGGUUAUGGAUGAUGACAAUCGAUUAUUGCGGACAAAUGAAAAAAAUUAUUGAUCACAAACAAAAACACGAAAACAAUUUUGUGUCGUAUGCACAUUUUAAUCGACUUGUAACAGCAGCUUCCACUGAAUACCUCUUUCACCUACAUUUCAUAUAUUUUUAAUGUUUUCCAAAACUUGGCGAAACACGCUCGCACCAGGCUAGGCUUUCCAUUUUGUAUUUUGUUCACAUUUGAUAGUGCGUAUUUCACAUGGAAAAAACUUACCUCAAUGGUUCCCUUAGAAAUUAUUCUUAAUUAGUAGCUGGCUGUAAAAUACAUUUAUAGAUCCACUUACUGCAAUCAGAAAGGUUACAAGAGUAGAUGAAAGAAAAACAGAUAAAAACGAAGGUUGAGUGAAACUCAAGUUGGUUCCCAGGGUCCCCUCCUCGUCAUCUUGUUUUCAUGUUGCCCACAACGAACAUUGUGGCUGAGUUUUUUAUCAAUACACUGUAGAUUUUCCGAGUAUAAUCGAUGUUCGAUCGGUUGAGUCAGUCCGAUUAUUUCCGAUGAUUGAUGAUAAAAUCUUGGCCGAUUUCCAUCACUACUGAUUGAUGUAUUAUAUUAUAUAUUGUUGCUAUAGAUUGCUACUUUGUUAAGGCAAAGAUAGUGCAUACCACAAAAACUACGCAGAUUGUAUAUUAUAGGGUUAAAAAUAGCAGGUUUAUUAAAGAUAUUCAGUAAAUCACUGUAAACAGAACAUCUAUCAAGCAGCCAACCUUAUUAAAGCAACUUGGUGUUCCCUAGAGUUGGUUGCUUUAUAUUAGCAAUUCAACCGUAGCCAUAUUUACUCUACUUAUCCUUACCUUGACACUUUCUACACAAUCAUUGCUAGGUUGAUGAACAGUCUGAGGACAAAGUUAAUGUUGAAAGUGAUAGUAAUCAGAGAAGACGACGAAAGCGUGGCUUUGAUGUUGGUCCCGGAGAAGGUCAGUUGGUUGAAGUUGUGUUGUUAAUAUUGGCACUUCCAUGAUGGCGUGGAUUAACAGUGUAUUCUAAUCUUGUAUAAUAAAUUAUUAUUUAUUUUUUUGUUUGCAGUAUCCAUGUUCUCAACCUGUAUGAAACUCUUUAAACACCAAUAUACAAUGACUUGUAGAACUAACACGAACUUUCUUGUACACUGCAAUAAAUGAUUCUGUUGUCAAAAGCAGUUGUAGAUGCAUCUUGCUGCAUUCAAGUUGCGUUACUUUUCAGUUAGUUUUAACCAAGCAAAAAAGAGGUGUAGCAUCCAUUGUAGUCUUUGUGAUCUACCCUCAGUUUUGAAACAGAACAAUACCUUUUGCAUUAAAAAUAAGCUGCAGUGUGGUGUAGCUUAUUUAUAAUGACAGUUGUUCUUUCUACAGUGUUGAAAGUCAUGGGUACUUACUAUGAAAACUGUGCUACCAUAAUUGAGGUGUUUUGUCCAGGUUACUUACUUAUGUGUUGAUAACCAUUCUGUUUCCUUUCUUUCUUUUUCUCUUUCUCUGUUUUUUUGUCUUUUGCAUCCAAAUCAAGUUAGUACACCUCAGCACAGCUCAGUGCAGCUUUGGCUUGAUGCCAGGAUAACAUGACUCGAUCUUUGGUGGUAAAACAUCUGCAUGAUGAGUUAAAGUAAUAUGUACCUUUAGUAACAAUCUUAAGAUAAUUAAAAUUUCUUCCAAUUUUUUCAAUGAAUGUUCCAUUAAAACUGCAUUUUGCAACAUACAUGUACUGAUUUGCCUGGUAAAUUUUAGCCUUGUCUUUUUUGCAAUCAUUCAAAAGUUGAAUGUGCUUGCAUCCUAAAAAGCUGCCAGUGAAUAAAAUGCAGUAUUUUCUUGUGUUUUGUUUUUUCUGUUUUGCUAAUUUGAAUGCUAUGGUGCAAGAGUGUAUUCACGUUUUUGUAAAUAAUGAUUCUGAUUAAAAGAAAUAAUAAACAAAGAAAGAAACAAACAUACAAACAACUAGAAAAUGUCCUGACUUAACACAUUGUCUCAGGAUUGUCUUUUCCACAUGCUACAUCUUGAUCAAAAAACAAAUGUUUCACCCUGAAUUAAGCCACAGGUGAUCUACAUAACUUUGUAUGAGAAGAUCUAUUUCGAGCCUGUGCAAGUUGCCUGAAUGUAAAUUGGAAUUGCUCCCAAGCGCCUGAUGUUUUGCUACAAGUCCACAUGCAGACACUAUUUUGAUCAAAAUUAACUUGUGUAGAAGUCAGUUUACAUCUUGGAUAUCGUACCGCUGAACACAAACAAUUUACAUUUGUAAUCAUCUUGUGCCAGCUUGUUUUCUUUAUACAGUUCAAACUCAGCAUUGAAACAUUUAAUUGCAUAUCCACACUGUAAAAAAAGUUUGUGAUUUUUUUGAUUUCCUAUUUUUUUUGAAAAUCUUUUUUGAUUUUCUUGCACUAGGCCUGUAGGUAAGAUUUAGAAUAAUUGUUGAGAGUAACCUGCUCAAGAUGGCAAGAAAGUCUACUCCAGGAAAAGACCCUGAUUUCUGAUCAUUAAUAUUUUACUUUUUUAUUCUGCAUUGUAAAGUGUCCAUGGUGAACUCUAAUGUAGCAUCUUUUCUGUGUAAUUAAUACUUUGUUCUACUUCACAGAUUCUUCAGCAGCCAGUGAAGUGAAUGGAGAUGUAGAAGACCAGCCUGUGGAUGAUGGUUCUAAAGGUGAGCUUGUCAUUGGACCAGGAGCAGGAGGAAUGCAACCACGCCCUUCAGAAGUGAAAAGGGCAUUGCCCCCUCUUACCUAUCAACAAGAAGAGAUGCUGAAAAAAGCCAAGCGGUUUGCUAUGGAGCAGUCUGUUCAACAGGUAUCCUGAAAUACUACAUGCUGUUUUUCUCACUAAUCAUCAAAUUAAGCUUGGUUAAACACUGCUUGAUCACAGAUGUCUUUGUCUGCCAUUGCAUCGUGGGUGACAGUCUUUCUCUUAAACACCAAUGUCUUCAACUAGUUAAUCAGUCUUCCUCUGCUAUACUUACCAUUUACAACUUGUGUUCCAUAAAAUGUAAAGAUCAUGACUCAUAAAUAAAUGCUGACUCUUUAAGUGCAUUUUGUUCUGAUGUGUUUUGUUGUGUUUUAAGGUGCUGGCAAAACAACAAGCACUUCAGCAGCAACAGAUGUCUGCCUUGCAAACAGCUGCUCAGAGGCAGAGAGCAUUAGCUCUUAUGUGCAGGUAGAAUACAUUUUUUAUAAGUUAUUUUGUUUUUUCACCAUUUACAUAAUUAUUAAAAUCCUCAAGUAGCUAACCUUGUUGAGUUAUCUUCUCCCUUUAGGGGAGCAACGUUAAAGAAAUUGUAGCGUGCACAUUGUAGCAUGAUGUAAUCUUUCUAAAAAUCAAAUGCCAUUUCCCAUCUAUUAUAAAUUUAAGCUACAUCCCUGCAGUACACCUGUGUGCUUCCAAAUGUUAUUUUUAUAAGCAAUCCCAUCUGCUUUUGUACUUGUGCAGGUUUCUCGUCAUUCUUUCUUGGAGCUUAGCAUUUGUUGCUAAAUCAUUAUUUUCCCCCAAUCACUACAUUUCCCAGUAUCUGGAGUGCUAUCUUGCAGGGUCAAUACAUGUUACUCGUUUUGCUUGUUUGCAGGGUCUAUGUUGGAAGCAUUAACUUUGAGCUACGUGAAGAACAUGUUCGACAAGCCUUCAUUCCUUUUGGUCCAAUAAAGAAAAUUGACCUGUCAUGGGACCCAUUGACAAUGAAGCACAAGGUGGGAAAUGUCAUGAUUAUUAACCUGUCAGAAGGGUUGUCAGAUUUAGUUUCAAAGUAGGUGGCUUGUUUUAGUCAUCUUUUACCAAAGAAUCAGAGGGGGCCUUAUUUUUGGAGGGGCUUAUACAUGGAGGGGGUAAUUUUUGGAGUUUUACGAUAGGUCUUAAAAUGAGGGAAUGAUGUUUUAGAACUUAGCUCCUAAAUGUCCCAGCGAGGAUGGGUCCACCUCCCUCUCUCCACUAUCCCCUUCCUCCCCCAGGAAAGUGCGCAGCCUGUGGCACAUAUUUUUUGCCUUACUGGCCAUGAAUGGUCCCUUACCUGCUGAGCUAAAAUUUAGGGAGAAUACUGUACCGGCUGCCCCUAAUUCUGUGUCACUUAUCGUGAAAGCGAUGUCAUUCCUUUUGUAGCCAUCUUUACUAACUGCUUUCUUGUGUCCUAUGAUAUUACAGGGAUUUGCAUUUGUAGAAUAUGAUUUACCUGAAGCAGCACAACUUGCUCUUGAACAAAUGAAUGGUGUACUCCUUGGUGGAAGAAACAUCAAGGUGUGUUAUCACUAGUUUUAAUGUCUGCUGGCUGGAAAUACAUUGUUUAACUAUUUAUAGUACAACAUUACUGUACCUAAGUUCAGUGAACCUCAUCCACAGUCAACUACCCUGCCCUACACUUGUAGUAAUGUAGUCUUUGAUAUUCAUUGCUUGCAAAACUCUAACAUUUGGUAGUUUGUACUUAUCUGUACCUAAAGCUUUAAUGCAGCUCAUCAGUAUGUUAUUUUGUUGUGCCACCCACUGCACUCUACAGCUGUUUUUUUGAAAAACACUGUUAAUUAAAUGUGAGCACUAAAACAUGGCAACCCCUAAUGCAGAAAAUAAUUCUUGCCCACUUCCUGAACAUUAUGUACUGUAUGUAGCCUUCUUGUCAUUUCAAUUCAUUAUCACUUUAAUAUGUUCAAUUCAUUUAUGAGUGCACAUUUUUUGUUAUUUCAUUUUGCCCUUAAAAGUCUGUAGGUCAAUAUUAUGGCUUUUGGGAAAAUAUUAAUCACAAGAUAUUUGAAAUCCUUACUGUGUUGAUAUUUUUUCAUUGUGGUAAAAGGUUGGUCGCCCAAGCAAUGUACCACAAGCAGCACCACUAAUUGAACAGUUUGAGCAGGAAGCUAAGAAGUAUGCCAGAAUUUACAUUGCUUCAGUUCACCCAGACUUGGGUGAAGAGGACAUCAAAAGGUGAUUAAGCUAAUAAUAAUUUUCUUUUUAGGGCUAGUAGCACUAGCCACAUUCUUGCUUCCUGCUUUACAAUAUUAAUGUUAUAUCAUUCUAACUUGUGUGUGUCAGCUUUUGCAUGUAGGUUAUAUGCCCUGCAGUCAAUUAAUUCUUCUAAAAUCAAGCGAGUGAAACAUGUGAAAUCAUGGAUUAUUGCUCUGUAGGAGAAUAUAUCUUUUAAACCAAGGAAAAGAAAAUAAUAUUAUUUCUCAAUUCCCCUAUCCUUUCUGCCUUCUCAGCUAAAUCUCUUACUCACCCAUAGUCUGCUUGAACAGUAAUAACAAUUUUAGGCAGGUCUCAUGCAUCCUUGUUGUAUCUACACCUUAGUGUAUUUGAAGCUUUUGGUCGAGUACAAAGCUGUACACUGGCUCCAGACACAAUGCCCGGAAAACACAAGGGUUAUGGCUUCUUGGAAUAUGAAAACCAGCAAUCUGCAACAGAUGCUAUUGCAUCAAUGAACCUUUUUGACCUUGGAGGGCAGUACCUUAGAGUUGGAAGAGCUAUCACACCGCCAGCAUCAGCUCAGACCAGUAAUGGAACAUUGCCACCUGCUGCUGCUUUGGCUGCAGCUGCAGUGUCUGCAAAGAUACAAGCGCAAGAACAGGGCCUGGCAAGCACUUGUAAGGACUACUCUUCUUUCUCAUAAUUUUACCGCAGUUAAACUGAUUGCUAAGAAUGCUGCUUUAUACUAAUAGAAAGUUCACUUGCUCUUAAAGUUAUUAAGAGUCAUGCAAUCCUAUAUGGUGUUAGAUAUAUGUAUGAUUAAGACUCUAAGGUGGACUUUUGUAGUCUUUCCUGGCAUUGUAGAGUGAUUGCAACAAUCAUCAACAUUUAUGUAGUCUGUUGAAAGUUUUGGUUUGGUAGCAUUUGAAAUAUUUAAUAUUAUAUUGUUAAAAAGUUUUGAAAAUGGAAAGAAGGUUUUGAGGCAAGUUUAUACCGAGAUUCUUGGUUUGAUUUUACUGGUUUUAAUUAUUCCAUUUGAAGACUGUAAUUUGUUUGGUGAUUAUACAAUGUGAAAGGGUAUAUAGUUGUACUUGUUCCCAUUCCUGCUUGCAAAUGCAUCCAGGGCAUUUUCAAGUGACUGUGUUCCAAAAUUAAGCAAUCAUAAUAUUAAGAAAAUUGGUUCAAUGCAUAUAUAAAAUACAUGUGUUUAACAUGUUAACUGUAUUAUCUCUGUGUUUGUAUUCCAGUUCCAGCCAUUACUCUUGCUGGAGGAAGCACAGUCAUUACAUCUAUUGUUGGAACAGCAGGCCUGGUGGCUCUUCCAACAAUGGCAGCAGGAACUCUGGCACCUGGUGUCAUGUCAACCAGUAUCGCAGCACCACCAAUCAUGACAUCUACUGCUUUGUUGGCAGGUAAAUGUUUGAGGGACUUUUUGUUGCCGACAUGUGAAGUAGUCUAGACUGUGAAUAGUGAUAAUCCUAACCCUAACCAAUGUUAGCAUCCUGUUAGAGAUGACUGAAUUGUUUUAUUAGGGCUACUGUACAUACAAUGUGGAUUGCUUAGUCGGAUUUACUAGCCUGCAUAACAGGCGUUAUUUUUUGGCGUUUUUCAGGCAUGAAAAGGCAAAAAAAUAACACUUGUUAUGCAGGCUAAAAUUGACAUGCAACAGUACCCCUUCUUGGCAUUUUCUCCUUUGUCUUUCUUUUGUAGGGGCUUAAGCAGCCCUUGUCUCUCCCCAUUUUACGCUUAAAGGCGUAUUUUCAUUAAGUGCUGGUAGUUUUGUUGGGGGUUCUAGUCCUUUUAGCGUUUACUCACUCAUUAUAAUUGAACAGGAACACCAACAGCAGUCGUAGCACCAAUUCCCGCCACACAUGUGAUGACCAACACAGCUGUACCUGUGCAACCUGCAGCAGUUCAACAGUUACAGCUUCAACAGCAACAACUUCAACAGCAGCAGCUUCAGCAACAGCAAUUAACACAGCAGUUACAACAACAGCAGCUACAGCAGCAGCAACAGUCUGCGCAGGUCAUUGCAGCACAGCAGGCUGAAGUGCGCGCCAAGAUUGAGGAAGAAACACAGAAGAAGAUCGCUGAGAGUAGCAUCAGUCACGAAGAAAACAUGUCCAUAUCAGGCAGUAAUGCAAGAUACAUGGUUAUGCAGAAACUAUCGCGCAAAACUGAGGUGAGAAGAGGGUGCCUAGAGCUUUCACUCUCCUGUGUAUCCAUACAGCUCUACAGACGGUCGACUUGACCAAACCCGGUUUAAACUCUCUGUACACACACAAACCAUUUCCAAACCCGACCAGCUCCAUUUGCGGCGGACACUUUCCGUUUCCCGAGGGUGUCUGCUUAAGAGCGGCCCCUUAACUGUACUCAUACGGUAAUAAAGAACUUAGAAGCGAAGUCCAACUUUAAUUUAGGUCAAAUAGGAUCUGCGGAUAACAAGGAGAUCGUAGGAUGUAAAUGCAGUUUAAAAACGGCCAUUUGCACGAUGGCGUCAUUUCGUAUUUCUUUUGAAAAGUGAAAUUUUGUAAUCCCAUAAUAACAAAAGCCCUAAUUUGCGCAAGAACGCACAACCCUGGAGGAUUCUGGUUAUACUAGUAAAAUGACGUCCCCUCGCUGCCUAGUCCCUGAUCUCGUUUAUUCCGCGCGGCAAAUUCGUUUCGGGUCACGUGGUCCAAGCGAAGAAGUGACCCGUUCGCCUUGGAUACGUCACCGAAGUGAAUUGACCGAUAAGGCCUGGGAAAACGUCGUACAGGGUCUAGGCAAGUCAUCCCUCAAAUGACCUAUUGUUUUGGUCUUUCAAACCCAAUUACUACCUACCUUGAUAGUUAUUCAUUUGUGACUGUAAAUGAUAUAGUUGGCUUUGGUUUUCAGUCCAAAGUGCUUGUUCUGCGUAACAUGGUCGGAGUUGAAGAUUUAGAUGAGGACCUUGAGCAUGAAGUUACAGAUGAGUGCAGCAAGUUUGGCAUGGUGAACAGAGUUGUUAUUUAUAACGAAAAACAAGGCGAAGAAGACGACGCUGAAGUCAUUGUCAAAAUCUUUGUGGAAUUUACUCAACCUGCAGGUAAGACUCGAAACUGUACCAUUUUGUAUGAUAAACUGACCCCUUAAUAGAGGUUUCAUCAUCCUCAAGUAAAUCAAGAUAAAAGAUUGUGACAAAGAGAAGGAUCCCGCCCCCAAAAGACUAACUAACAAGGGUUUUCUAAUACUUGCGCCAAACUAAAAGAAAUUUCAGACAAUUUACAAAAUUUCAGGCCAAACCCAUAUUUAAUGCUUUUGUACCAAUUAACUGUCACCGCGAGUCCGAGUCUUUAGUAAGUGACCACUAGUGGUGGUGGUGGUGCUGCUGCUGCCUUCUAUCCUUGCUUGCCUACUUACUGUAUGAUCGGUGGGUACUGUGGUAUUGAUUGCCUAUUUUCUCUGUUUAUAGAAACUGAAAAGGCAGCAAGUGCCCUCAAUGGAAGGUGGUUUGGAGGACGAGUUAUCAAGGCUGAGGCUUAUGACGAACUCAAGUUUGGUGCUGGAGAUUUAUCUGCGUAAAAAAGCCUUGGUGUUGUCUUAUAAAGCAAAGACAUCAUCAUUCGUGCUUAGCUAGUUCUGAUGUCACCGUUUCAGUAAUACUACUGUAUUAUUAUUUUGACGAAACUUUGACCUCUGUCGUAAAAACACUUUGCUUUCGAAAUUAUUGGCGUCUUGUAAACUACCUGUCGCACAUUACUGAUUUGUAAAGUGUGUAGAAGAUCUGAUUUCUCCCCCCCCCCCCCUCCUCCCACCCCCACCCCGCUAUUUCUUUCAAUUUAUAGCAGUAAAUAAGGCUUAAGUGAAACGUUAGAAAAUAAACCUGAAAAGCCAGAGAUGUCUAGGAAAAUUCGAUGUAUAUAACUCAAUACAAGACAAUUGUUAUCUUGGAAUGUGAAAUCUGGAAGUAUCAUCAAAAUAGGAAUUUGCUGCCACUAGUUAAGCAGCAGUUAGACUGUAUGUUCAUUUCACUCUUGCGGAAACGGCGAAAUGAACAGUAUAGUGCAAAUCAUGUGAAACAAAACCGUUUUCCUUGUGAACUGUUAAUUUCCUUUGAUUAGCUACAGAAUUGUCUUCCUCGGAAAUAAAGAAACAAAACUGAAC